AUGAGCGCACGUCGUGUGGACAAGACGGACCCACGCAAUGCCGGCGCCGUUCGGCCCGUGACUGUGCCUACCGCAUGGAUAGAGGACUGGAACCUCUCGACGUACGAGGCCGUAAUGAGCAGUCUAACUCUGUUGGCUUCAACCUCUGUCAUCUCGCCUCUCCCAGAUCUUACGUCGCUAGGCCUGCUGUUUGCUACGGCGCUGAUUAUCAACAUCAAGCCGCAUGCGCCGAAGAAGGAAAACACGGACGUCGCGUCCAACGCGUAUGCCAGCUUGUUCUUCGCAACCCUCGUGACGCUCUUUCUCGCGUUCCGUAAGCUGCUGGUUGUGUAA